CAUGGUGUCAGAAGUGGCCGAAUUAUCGCCCUGAUUGGUCUUCCUGUUCGUUCGAUUCGUUCGUUCGAUUAUUUUUGCGAUUAUUCAAGAUGAAUUUGCGCGCUCCGACAGAGCUGAAUUUUUCGGCCGUCAACAUGGCGGCCGAAUGGGCGCGAUUCAGCAGAGAUUGGAAGUACUACGCUGCGGCUAAGGAGCUGGCUGAGAAACCUGUCUUGGUACAAGUGGGAACUUUUUUGAACUAUGCAGGCAUCGGCGCCCAAGAAGUGGCCUCUCAUUUUCAGUGGCAGGACUCUGAUGGCUUGCCGCCACUGUUGGAAAAGUUUGAGGCAUAUUGCAAUCCGCGCCGCAACGUGGUGUUGGAGCGCUAUAACUUUCAUGCCCGUGUCCAGCAGCCGGGCGAGAGCAUCACGACCUUCCUCGCCGCUCUGCGCUCUUUGGUCGUGACGUGUGAGUUCCCGGACCCGGACAAUAUGAUCCGUGAUCGGCUGGUGAUCGGUGUCGCCGAUCGCGCCACCCAACGUGCCCUACUCCGACAGGCCGAUCUCACGUUAACGGCCGCAGUGGACAUCGCCCUGUCUGAGGAGGCCUCACGGCGUGACCAGCAGUGCAUGGGGAGUGCCGGGAGUGCUACUGGUGAUGUGCUGAAUCCCAGUGAGGUGAGCGCGAUUUCUCAGCCCUCCCCGGCCCCAGCUGUGAGUCGGUGUCGGUUCUGUGCCCGAGUUCACGUGAUGCAACGGUCCUCGUGCCCAGCGUGGGGACAGUCAUGCCACGCCUGCGGUGGCCGAAACCAUUUUUCGGCGUGCUGCGGCCGGCCCGCCGGCGCUCGCCCCCUGUCGCCCAGAGGCCAAGAUGGCGGCUUCUCGGGCGUCACAACACGGAGUGGUGGCGCCUCUACCGGCCAGCGGCGUAACGACAGCCGCCUGCCGCCUCGCUCUGUGGCGCCACCGGUCCCGGUGGCCGGCGACCGGGGACUGCGCUCUGCGACCCGUGCUGGAGGUGGACGACGGGACCGGGACGGUGUCGCAGCAAUUGAACAAGCAGACCAGGAUGCGGAACAGGUACAGGUGGGAGGUCCUGCCUUAUGGCAUUAAAUCAGCCCCGGAAGUCUGGCAGCGCACAAUGCACGA